UGAUGAUUCAAAACAAAACUUGAUGAUAUUUAAAAUGGGGCAAAAAUUGCAUCAGCAAGGAUCUUUGGAGAAGCAGAAUGCCGUAGGAUGCAUGUGGGGAAUGAUAAUCCACCAUUUUCACAACAGAAAAUGGCACCACAAUAAUGUCAGGAAUAGACUUUCUCACAGGAGACAUUCUUGUGGAAAUGAUAUUCAUACUUCUACCUCUGAUGAAGGGAUCGCCAGAAUUCCACCUGAAAACAUUGACAAAGCAAAGGACGUUGAGCAACGAUCAUCUUUAUCUUCAUCUUCGCCUAAAAUUAGCUCGAUGAAAUCCCGAUUGAAGGCUUUGAUCGCGGAACAGAUGCCUAAAUGGAGAAGCCGCCACUGCAAAAGCUCUUCCUCUCCCACUAAGGCGACACAGCCGGAAGAAACUACCGUUGCCCUUUUUGGGUCUGAGAGCACUUCACAAUCACAAGAUGGCACGGGGGGUUUAUUAUGUGACAUGGAUUCUGCAGCCACAGUCACUAAUUUUAGCAACAAGACGCCUCUGGUGCUUCUCAAGAGAACAUCUUCCUGUAAUGAGCUGUGUGAUAGAUCAUCAUCAUCAUCAUCGUCGUUGUCAUUGUCAUCCCAGGCUGUAAUGACGCUAAAAACCGAUGAAAGAGAGAGCUCUACAGUUCCCGGCCUGAAAAGGACACGGUCACUUCCAAAUCUCGAAUUCAGGUCUUAUGUCAAUAGAGAGGUUGGGGUUGAGGUCGAGGUUGAGGUUGAGGUUGAUCCUUCUGGCAUUCAGGUCUCAAACAACGACAACCGGCUUUUGAGUCCCCAGGUUGACGACAAGAGCAAAGCUGAAUUCAACUAUGUAAGACAAGUGUUAGAGCUUUCGGGGUUCAUCAAUGGAGAUGGGGGUAGUCGGCAUUUGGUGCUCGACUGUCCUGAAAACGACCAUGGCGGCGAUGAUCUUCUCAUGUUCGAUUUAGUUAAUGAGGUGUUGCUGCGUAUACAUGAGCGGUCGUCCUGGCAAUGGGCGAGGUCCAUGCCGGGCUGCCAACAUGUGCAUGGCGGCAGCGGCGGUGGCGUUCUGGAACAGGUGUGGGGGGAGACGAGGUGGUUGCUGCAGAGUAGGCUGGGCGGUGGCGGUGGCGAUGCAGCAGCUGUGAGGUGGGAUAUGGCCAAAUGGGACCGUUGGAUGGAUCUGCAGUUUGAUGCAGAGAGUGUGGCACUCCAAGUCGGAGACUUGAUAUUUGAUGACCUCCUUCAGGACGUCGUUCUACACUUGAUAUAAUCAUUUAUUAUUCCAUAUUUCAUUUAUUUUAUUGAAAAAUAGAGAAUCAUUUCACUAUACACAAUAUAUAACCUAAGCUGCUUAUAAUAUUUUUCUUUUUGAU